AUGUUUAACCAAACAAGAUCUUCUGUUUUUAUACUAUUGGGACUCUCUUCUCGUCCUGAGGACCAGAAACUGCUCUUUGCACUCUUUUUCACAAUUUACCUGGUCACUUUGGUGGGAAAUUUGCUAAUCAUCUUGACCAUCCACUUUGAUCUUAAGCUCCAAAACCCCAUGUAUUUCUUUCUAAGCAUCUUAUCUUUUGCUGAUAUUUGCUACACUACAGUCAUAGUCCCCAAGAUGCUGAUGACCUUCUUAUCGGAAACUAAGACUAUUGCCUAUGGUGAAUGUCUGACACAGAUGUAUUUCUUCCUUGUCUUUGGGAACAUGGAUAGUUACCUCCUGGCAGCUAUGGCCAUUGACCGUCAUGUAGCUAUUUGUAAUCCUUUCCACUAUAUCACUGUUAUGAGCCACAGACGCUGUUUGUUGCUAGUGUCCUUUUCCAUUGUUUUCUCCUGUCUUCACUCCCUCCUACAUGUCCUCUUAGUGAAUCGGCUCACAUUUUGUGCUUCAAAUGUUAUUCACCACUUUUUUUGCGAUGUUAACCCACUUCUGAAACUGUCCUGCUCUUCUACGUCCAUCAAUGAACUUGUGGCCUUAACAGAAGGACUGGCCUCUGUGAUGGCUCCAUUUGUCUGCAUCAUCAUCUCUUACCUGCAGAUCCUCAUUGCAGUUUUCAGGAUCCCCUCAGCUGCAGGAAAACGCAAAGCCUUCUCCACCUGCAGUUCUCAUCUCAUUGUGGUGACUCUGUUUUAUGGAAGUAUCAGCUAUGUCUAUUUCCAGCCUUUGUCUAGUUAUACGGUUAAAGAUCGAAUAGCAACAGUCAUCUACACUGUAUUGACGUCGAUGCUAAACCCAUUUAUCUACAGUCUCAGAAACAAAGAUCUGAAACAGGGUUUGGCAAAACUGAUAAACAAGAUUAAAUCUCAAAUGGAAAUGGAAUCUACCAAUAUACAUGGGCCUUAA